GUACAGUUCUAUUGUUUCAGUUCUUUAGUGGUAGCCAAUGAAAAGAGAAGAAAGAAACACGAAUUUACACGCUGACAUAACACUCCGUCCUUAAAAAUAUCGAUUGGAUGGCGAACUAAACACGGAACUGCGAGCAAAUUUGUCCAAUAAAGUAUCUACGGAGUUUUGAGGGUUGCCUCGUACAUGGCAAUGUCUUUUAUUCUUCUGAUCCUGUCCGUGGCCGGUGGAAUAUUCUCUGCCAGUAUCGCAAUAGUUGUUUGUACAAUAGCGUUUCGCUAUAGAAGCAGAAAACUCGCCAAGAUGAAGAACAACAGUCGCACAGGAGAAAUCCAGGAGUUGGAGCCCAUCUUGCCAUCAGCACUCGGCAGUGUAGAAUUAGGUAACGAGGAGAAAAACAAAGAAAAUCUCUCUCCGUGUCCAUCUUGCCGAAAAGUAUCAACGUUUUACAGUCCAUGCGAGUGUGACAUGAUUUCUGCUCAAAAAUUAGAGAAUAAACCGUGUCAGUUGCAGUUUUCUCUUUAUUACAAUUUUCAUAAAUCUCGCUUAUUCAUUAAUAUCAUGUGCGCUUUAAAUGUUCCGAUACGAUGGUAUGGAAAACACCCACCAACACAAGUGCGAUUUCAACUUCUGCCAGACGACUUCAACAUUUAUCGAACAGAAAUCAAAAGCAGCACUGCAGAACCAAUAUUUAACGAAACAUUCGAGUUUAUUGGUUACUCAGAGAACGAUCUCAUGGAAUUAACCCUUCGCCUUGGUCUGUAUGGAUAUGAUAAGUUUAGCAGAGGGAAAAUGAUCGGCUACACGGAUGUGCGAUUUAAUUUGGAGAAAUUUCACCCUAGUGAGCCAACGAUAAUAUGGAGGAACUUGUUACCCAAAUCUCAGUCCAGAGGACGCUCUCUAAGUUUUAGCAGAGGUGAAAUACAUAUCUCGUUCCGCUACGAGGCAAAACGACAAAGACUCAACCUUAUCAUCUUGAAAGCCACAAAUCUAGUGAGAACCAGCAAGUUCUUGAAUGCCGCACCGUACGUGUGUGUAAUGCUGGAGGCAAAUGGCACGGUAUUGGAAACCAGACAAACUAAGAAAACACACGGUGUAAAUGCGGUGUGGAAUCAAGGUUUCCUAUUUGAUGUCGACGGCGAAACUAUAAAUGAAUACUCCCUCACCAUCCGAGUUUUGAAUCAUGAUCUACUGACUACGGACGAGAUCAUCGGUGAAAUGACAAUUGGACCUCUGUGUGAGGGAACUGGUAAAGAGCACUGGGACGAAGUCAUGAGGAAACGGCACUCGGGAAGAGAGGUGGCAAUGACACACAUUCUUUCGUGAGUUAACGCAUCUUAAGCAGCUAAAAUUCUCCAAUCUCCAAACAGACGUCAACAUAGGAACUCUGCAUGUUAGUGAGGUUUGUAGGGUUUUCAAAUAUAAGUGUUUCGGCGAUACAUUAAGGUUAAUCUAUGCAACUGCUUGAAUUUGGCAUCAGACUCUUCAGGCGUUUACUGAGGACCACCGUAGUAAUAGCAAGAUUGAGGACAAAACAAAAGUAUAUAGCAGCAAAUUCAACUAGAAAUAGUUUAAUAUAUUAUUUACCAAAUAUUAUAACUUUUCUUAAAACAAGAAUUGUAUUUACAGUUUUGCAUAAAAAACAAUUAUUAAAUAUACAAUCCAUGAGAGGGUGUAACAGACGUCAUCCUAUCCAAUAUGGCAAGCGUAACUGGGCUGGGAUUUACACAGCUUGUUUCCCUAAAGUCCAGCUCGGCAAAACGACAUGGAUAAUUAAUGUGAAAAGUGAUAUGACGUUUGGCGCAAUUUCAUCUUGAAAGAGGCUGAAAGAAAAGACAUACUUUGUGAGAAGAGAAGCUGAUUUUAGCCUGUUCGUUUUCCAGCCAUACAGAUAAAAAAGCAGAAGUAGAGAUAGGCUAUAUACCUCUAAUGAAAAUAAAAACUUGAUCAGAUGA